CUACUGUUUACUAUAAUUUAUUUGUCUUUUCCCUCUCAGCUGAUUCCCGAAGGCUAUCUUCCUGUUUCCAUGUUUCCGUUCCACCCUGCCUCCUCUAAUAAUUUAAGAAGCGGUAUAUCUAUUCCACGGGGUCAUUCGGCGGCUAAAGAAAUUAUUUUGCCAAAUGAUUGUUACUGGAUUGCCCAGAAUGUUGGGUACCCUGUUACUAAUAUUUCAGACCCUAACUCGCGACCGUCUUUCGUGUAUCAAAACACACGAAUCCACCCCGAAGCAUCGAGACAAGCCAAUCAAUCACCGGAUAAAAAAUCUUCUGGCAGUGACACCAGCUACUCCAGUGUCAAC